AAUAACGUUCAACGUUCGGAAUUUUGGGCUCCUACCAGACCCACACGAGAGCCGAGUCCCACCACACUGUCAGCUGUCACCUAACCCUAAGAAACCACUUUCAAUAACUUGCCGCAGCCAUCAUUUCCAUUGCCAUGGGUCUCCCUUCAGUUUUUAUUCUAAGACUGUUAAGAUAUCGUUUGGGCGCAUAAGGGGUAAGCAUCACCUUUUUGGAUGUCGUGAGGGACUGUCUGCAAUGAUCCUGGGAAAAUCAGCACCGUACUCAUCCAUCUUUGGCUUGCGCGAGAUAACGAUAUGGAAUGCUGUUGCGGCCCGCCGCCAAACCUUCGAAAAUGGUUGCUUUUCUCUGUUUUUAUUUGUAUAAUAUUAUGAGACUCCGAGGGUGGCAGUGGUAUUGAAUGCAUUUGGGUGUGAUUUGGGGUUCCUGUAUUGUCUGAGUAUCACUUUUCGCCUAUAACUGUUACCUGAAAUCUACCUUCCAUGAUACCUCUGGCACGAUACCUCAUGUGCCCAUUAGAUCUAGGGGCUCGUGAGCUUGGGGUAGGCGGUAGCAAAGAUCGAUCAAUUAUUGCAUCAGGCCAUGGUGCACAACAAUCACUAUUGAACAUAUCACGGGGCACAAUUAGGGGGCGAAAGGUUAAAAGGAGAAAAUACUGGUAAAUUUGGUAGCCACUGCCUAACAAAGAUAGCUAGUAACAGUGGAAAAGAAAAGCACAGUCCGCUAGUUUAUAGUAAUAGCCUCCCAAUUUUCGGAAUCUCGGAAACCACGAAAGUGGUGCUGUUUAAGUACACCCCUAAUUUUUGGCAGGAGGUUGCAUGAAUUCAGACCAGUGAGAGUUAAUCCUGGCCCUCUUGUUAUCCCUGGCUUUAAGCUGCCAUUCCUCAAGGUUGGCCAUGAAGUUCCUGAGUGCGGCUUCCAAGCUUUCAUCACGUAGUGAAUUCAAGUUAGUAUAUUCCUGAUACAGCACGUGUCACCGCGAAUCCCGGAUGGGAGGUUGGUCUCAUACAUCUUCUUAUCGUUCGGGUCGAGAUAAUUGUAUUUACCAGGAGAAGUUUCAGUAAAGUAAACGGGACCCAGAUUUUCUAUAAGGAUCUUCUCCAGAAGGGCAGUCUUGGAGCCCGCCCAUGGGGGAGGUCUAUUGCAGAAAAUAGGCAGGUUGUCACGAAGGUAUUCACGGAGGAUAUCGCGGAUGGAGUAAGUUGCCAGGAUAGGAAGGUCUGUGCGCUGGGAGAAGAGCUUCAUGGCGUUGCUCAGGCGGGCCGUGAGAGCACGAUCACGGGGCCUUCUGGUGCCUCCGCUCAUGGUGGGCAUCUCGGAGUCGAUGGGAGCUAUGGAGAUGCUUUAGCCGGAAAAUCAAGGUCGAGAGUUUUUCGUAUCAGGAAGAGGGAAGAGUGGUGCAGUGAUAGAGAAAGAGGAGGGGUGGAAAUGGUAUAGUAUGAUAUUAUGAUAGUAUUAUAAUACAAAGAAGGCGUGCAAGAGCCGGCAAAGCGGCGGGGUUUACCCUUCUGCAAGUUUCUAUGUAGGUAUCAUAUGAUAGCUGGGUUGGGAGAAACCCCCCCCCUCUCUUUUUAGCCCUUUUUAUAACGUUUGCGAUCUCUUAUCCUCUAGAACUUGAAGGAAGGAAGGGAAAAAAGAAAGGCGGAGUCUAGCUUAUCAUAUCUCUUGCGAUGGAGUGCUGAUACUUGAAAUAGGGUGUUAACCCACCGUUUUUUGUGUUCGGAGACGAUCCGGGUUUGACAUAUGUGCAAACAAUAAAUUUGCCUACUAUAGCCGUUUGGAUUGUCCGACUGCGUGCUCAGGAUUUGGGUUCCGCAGAGAGGUUAGUGUAUUCUAUUCUAUGGGGAAUUUCUAUGGACCUGAAGGAAAAAAAAUCAUCUAUGAUACCCGUCGCUUGUUCCCAACUAUGCCCCCUGAGUCCUAAGCGAGUGUUCAUCAUGCCUAAUGUUAACCAUAGAGAAAUAAUUGGGGAAAAAACUGGCUAGGGUAGUUAUAAGAACCUUGCUUUUCUCGUUUUUUGAAAGUAGUUAUCUUCCCACCACCCGUGAUCUCUCACACCUAAUGGGCGGUGGCACUCCUGGUCACCACCUCUCAAUCGUGCCAAGCCAUUUCCGAAUUCAUGAGCCACGUGACAUCCCACUACGAUGACAUAUCGUACUGGUAUCAUACCCUUUACCUUGCUCUAGCUCGAAUACCUUCGCCCCCGUUCAACCACUGAGCAACAACAUGAACGACUUUUCUGACAUUCCACCGCUCCCUUUAGCGGACUGGGAUGUAUUAAUCUCUGGUACCGGAAUCAAACAGUCUCUCCUUGCAGUGUAGUUACUAUCAUCCCACCUUAUCCCAUCAUCCACCCCCAUUUCGCACUCAGAGCUAACAUAACCUAGAGCGCUCUGCCGCGCCGGCAAGACCGUCCUACAGCUCGACAAGAACUCCUACUACGGCGGUAGCGCUGCCGCCUUCUACUCGCUCUCUGAAGUAGAUGCAUGGGUGGCGAAAGUAAAUAGCGGGGAUGAGGUCGGGAUAAAAAAUGCUGUUGUUGUUUCGAAUGCUGGAGAGGGUGCUGGCUAUGGCAGUGGGAGGGGUUAUACACUCUCUUUAGCGCCACAUUUGGUUUACUGGCACAGCAGUGUGUUGGAAAUUCUACGGAGGGCGGACUUGACCGAUGGGUUUUCCUGGCAUGCGGUUGGGAGUUGGUGGGUGUGCUUGACGGAGGAGGAGGUUGCGGUCCCGGCGGUGGCAACGGGGGUGGGUGGUGUAGUUGGGUUGGCGGAGGUGGGGGUUAAGGCUGCGAAGCUUGCGUCUGCGGCUGGGAAAAAAAGGGCUGGGUGGAAUAAAGGGCGGAAGAAAGAGUCAGUUGCUGAAACUACUCCGGGGGGGGGAGAGGAAUCGGUAGGGGAAAGGGUCACUCAAGGAAAUAGCGAAACCACUCUGAGGAAGGUCGACAAUUUUCGGGAGGUCCCCUGCACGUUCGAGGAUGUAGCUUGGAGCAAAGACCUCACAGACAAAGACCGAGGGCAGCUCGGCGAAUUCCUACGCUUUGUGAUGAGAUACAACGAUCCUACCGACCAAAAGUGUUCUCGGAUCUUUGAAGGUGUUCUCCCGUGCUAGCAUGAAAUACUUCUAGCAAAAAACUAACUAUAAUAUCGCUAGAAAACCGUCAAACAUCCCUCCGAACCUUCCUCUCAGAAAUUUUCCCAAUACCCCCGUUCAUCACAACCUCCAUCUCCUCACUAACCCUCAUACCAUCAGCGCCCUCUGAAAUAACUCUCGAGCAAGCCCUCCCCCGCCUCGCAGUGCACUUCUCAUCCCUGGGAAAAAUCCCAGACGUGCGCUCAUCCGCGGCACUCACAAUCGCAUACGGCGGUUCCGCCGAGCUCUGCCAGGUCCUAUCCCGCGCGGCUGCUAUAGCCGGAGGCAUCAAUGUUCUCAGCCGAGGUGUCAAGUCACUGUGCUCCAAUAAAAAAGGCGACGGAAAUCGGAAAUUAAAAGCGCAGCUAGAGAGCGGUGAGACGAUAUAUGCUGAUUGGGCUAUUGGUGAAGCCAGUGAUCUGGCAAAGGAGGUUAAACCACUAGAUGGGAAAUCAAUGUCUAGGGGAAUUUACGUUAUCGAGACUCAGAUAGGCUGGCUGUUUGAGCGGAAGUAUAAGGAUGAGAAUAUCACCCCCGCCGCAGCGGUUGUGGUUGUCCCUGGCGGUGAUAAAGGGGCCCCAGUUUAUAUCAUUGCGAGAUCGGGCGUGACGGGAGAGUGCCCAAGAAGUCAAUGUGAGUUUUCGAAUUUAAAAUCCAUUGUUAUGUCACUGAUAAAGCCAGGUUUACUCCACGCGGUCACCGAAUCAUCCUACGGAGACAUGAACGCUGCUAUCGAUAAGGUUUUGCAAGUGUGCUCGCCCUUGUCGGAAAUACUGUACUCUCUCCAGUACACCGCUGUUACCACCAGUCCGGAGAUCGGCUCGGAGGAUGGCACUGUGAUAUUGGAUCCGUUAACACAGGAUAUAGCGCUUCAGGACGACGUACUGGAAGAGACGUUGAGGAUCUACGAGAGGAUUGUGGGGACACGGGAGGGGUUUAUGGAUGUUCCGGAGGAGAUUCGGAGGAUGAAGGAGGAGAUGGAGGAAUAA